AUGAAGUUUUUUACCAAGGACGAAGCCGCAGUAGACGAAAAGACAGCCGCGCCCACGUAUAACGGCGACGACGAAGACACUCGCGAGGCCGUCGUCGAAGAUGUCGGCGGCCUCCAUCGCCGCCUAUCCAACCGCCAGAUCCAAUGGAUUGCCAUCGGAGGCUCAAUUGGCACUGCGCUCUUCGUCAGUAUCGGCUGGGGCCUCAUCGAGGGUGGUCCAGGGAGCUUGUUCCUGGCCUUUGCCAUAUACUGCGGGUUCCUGGCCCUGGUCAACAGCUGCAUGGCGGAGAUGACCGUCUUCAUGCCCGUCGUCGGUGGCUGGGUCCGCAUGGGCUCGAUGUGGGUGGACGAGGCAUACGGCUUCAUGGCGGGUUGGAACUUCUUUCUCUAUGAAGCUGUCUUGAUCCCGUUCGAGAUAUCAGCGCUCAAUCUAGUCUUGACAUUUUGGAGAGAUGAUAUUCCCGUUGCUGCCGUCGUCUCCGCCUGCGUCGUCCUAUACGCUGCCAUCAAUCUUCUCGCCGUGCGAGCAUAUGGCGAGAGCGAGUUCUGGCUGGCCUCCGGCAAGAUCAUCCUGAUCAUCAUGCUGUUUUGCUUCACUUUCGUCACUAUGGUCGGCGGUAACCCCAAACACGAUGCCUACGGAUUUAGGAAUUGGAACAAACCUGGCUCGUUUGCGGAGUAUAUUCAUACCGGAGCUCUUGGGCGAUUCGAAGGAUUCUUGGGCGCAUACUUCCAAGCUUCUUUCACGAUUGUCGGUCCCGAAUAUGUCGCCAUGGUUGCUGGAGAAGCCAUAUAUCCCCGUGUGACCAUCAAGGCAGCCUUCAAGACCAUGUAUUGGCGAUUCGGAAUCUUCUUCAUUCUCGGAGCCCUUUGCGUAGGUAUCAUCCUGCCAUACGACGACCCAACCCUGAACAACCUCCUGAAUAACGUCGGAACUGGCACCGGAGCGUCUUCGCCUUACGUGAUCGCGAUGAAGAAUAUGGGAAUCUCGGUGCUGCCUGACCUUACAAAUGCCCUCAUGGUCACCUCCAUUUUCUCAGCCGGCAACUCCUACGUCUAUUGCGCGACACGAUCGCUCUACUCCCUUGCCAUCGACGGCCAUGCUCCUAGAUUCCUGCGGAGGACUACUAAGAAGGGUAUCCCAAUCUACUGCUUCUUGGUGACCAUGAUUUUCCCAUUUUUGGGCUUCCUCUCGGUUAGCAGUGGUGCUUCACAGGGUGUAAAAUGGCUGGCGAACAUCACCCAGGCUGCUCAACUCCUCGACUACAUCUUCAUGUGCACCAUUUACCUCUUCUUCUACCGCGCCAUGAAGGCUCAAGGUUACGACCGCAACAACCUCCCCUACAAGGGCUGGGGCCAGCCCUACGUCGCCAUCGCCGGCCUUAUCACCAUGACUGUUACGCUGUGCAUCUACGGAUAUGCGGUGUUCUAUGCCUUCGACGUCGGAACUUUCAUGACCUAUUACGCCAUGUGCUUCAUUUGCAUCGUGGCGUGGGUAGGCUUCAAGCUCAUUAAGAGGUCGAAGUUCGUCAAGCCACUCGAAGCCGAUCUAGUGUGGGAACGACCAGCAAUUGAUGCGUACGAAGCGAGCAUCGACCCGCCCUUGGGACUCUGGACGGAUAUCUGGCAGAGCGUCACUCGCUCGAAGAAGACGAAGCAGAGCCACGCACAUGAGUAG